AUGACUACAAGCACGUUCAAACCAACAUUUUCACUCCUCAACCACCGUGGUGCUGUGGUAACAGAAACAGACUUCCAUGGAAAAUACACUCUUGUCUUUUUCGGCUUUACCAACUGCAAAGUUGUAUGCCCUCGAGCGAUUGAGCGCUUAAAAUCUGUCCUAAACGAUCUUGGACCUGAGACUUCAGAGCGAAUCAAUGCGGUCUACAUCUCAGUUGAUUCAGAGCGUGACACUCCGAGCACGUUAUCCGACUUUCUUGAUAAGAAGGGAGUGUCGAACUUUAUCGGCCUAACUGGUACCAAGGAGCAGCUCGAAUCUGUUCGAAAAGCCUUCCAUGUCUUUGCACAGCACAAGACAGACAAUAGUGUACCGGAAGGCUACACUAUUUCCCAUACUGCCCUAACCUUCAUUCUUGGGCCUGAUGGCCAAGUUGUUGACAACCUCAACGACAAUCUCGAUAAAAAGGAAGUCAUUAAGAGACUUCAGAAAGCAUUGAGUGCGAACCUUGACGCAAAGGUCUCAGCGCAGUACCGUACUGUAUUAGACCAGGACUCAACGAUGGCUGAGUCUCAUGGCAAGAUGAGUAAGAAGCAAGUCGCCAGUAUAAGACAUAUUGGCAAUCUGGCUCGCCAACUGAAAGGGGAUUGGUCUAAUAUGAUGGGCCGAAUGGAUCUUAACGACGGUUUCGGUGCCUACCGCUUCCAGCUUGCAUAUUCUUUUUAUGCACUUGCUUUGGCACACUUCCAUCGUUUGCCCGCCGCACCAGGUUUAUUUAAAUCUACCAUGGAAAAAAUGAUCAACAAAAUGCUGUCACCCGACUGUUGGUAUUACUGGCGCGAUGCGAGCACGGGUGGAGGAAUUGCGCGAACCCCAAGGACUGAGGGUUGGGUUGACCCUGUCACGAAGGACAACAUUAUGUACAGCGCUUACGUUCAAACAAUGACUUUGUUAUACAACAGUCUCUUUGACGAUGCCAGGUACCGAAAGCCGGGAGCGCUUACCAUGACGUACGAUCCAGUUCUGUGGGGUGACGGGGCGUUUACAUUUGAAUACGAUCAAAACAGCAUAAACGAUAAAGUGUAUUGGAACAUGGUGGAGAGUGGAUUCCUAGGCGUUGCCUGCGAGCCUCAUUGUGUUUUUCAAAUCUGCAACCAGCCGCCGAUCUUGGGCUUUCGUCUAAGUGACGCCUUGCAUGGAACCACCACCGCUCAAGAAGUGACUUCUGGAUAUGUGAAAGCAUGGGAAGAGUUUGGCGGAAGCCUAAGUCAAAAUGGCGGCUACAAUACCUUCGUGUCUACUCACAACAAGAUGUUGUAUCCAAGCCGUGGUACCGGUGGCGACUGUUGGGCUGCUCUGCUCAUGCACGCCUGGAGACCCCAAUUUGUCGAAGACAAUUACCAGAAAAAGCGAGAUGAGAUGAUAGAAAGGUUGAACGACGGCACAAUCUCGUUGAAAUUGCCAGAAAUAACUAGCAGUGCGUCACCAGUCCCCCCCGAUACAUUUGCAGUCGAUGCGUUUGGCUGGGUGGCUGCCCUCGCCGCGGAGAUUGGUGAUGAGGAGGUAUUACAUGGCAUGCUCGCAUAUGCAGACAAACACUUCAGCCCUGUUAUAAUGAAUGGCGGUCUAUGGUAUCCACGCAGGGACGACAUCCUUGAUGCAAAUGGGCAUUAUGUUCAAAACACACCCAUGCAAGGUAAUGCCAUCCUCCCGCUUGCGCGACUCAAUGUCUCCAAGGGUUUUCAGCGGCUAUAUGAGAAUCCAUGGGGCCCCAACAACCGACACUACUCCGAGCCGGCGCUGGACGAGGUUGGGCAGACUGUCGAUGUUUACGGGGCCGUCUUUUUACCGAAAGAAAACAUUUUGCGGUUUGAUAUUGCUGUAUUUGAACCUGGCGCUAAAGGGAAGGUGGAGUUGACACGGGUUUUCAAUCGAGGAGACUGGGCUCUUUUCUGCGACACUCGGAAGGUUGCUUGGGGUGAUAACGAACGGCUUAUCGGCUCUGAGCCAUUUGUAGAGGUCAACAGCAACAACGGAAAUCUAGUCAUUUCGAUUUCAGAUACUGAAAUUCUUAGUUUCCAGAUACAGUGGCCUGCUUUACAUUAG